CUCUGUGUUUUCUCUGAUGGUAUCUUUGGCCGCGUGUUCUUUGCUUCAGCCAUAGAUUCUCAAUCAGCAAAGCCCAUCUGAAUUAUUAUUAUUCCACACAUGAGCAUGACUGUCCUUAUAAAUUCAAGUCCAAGCUUCAUGACCUGCUACACCCUUUCUUCUUACUUCCUAUACACCAUCCUUUUUGAUCGUUUUCCUGUGACGACCCUGGCUAAUUCGACCCCAAUCUACGAAGCACAACUGCCACGUUUCAUGACCGGAAUGCAAAACUCAAGCUAGCUAUGACCUUCCUUGAAGAGGGAUGGUGGUAAAGCUCCAUCAGAGGAUUGAGAAGACAGCCCGAGCCAUUCACAAUAUCAUCAGCGUCCCUGAUCUCCUCCCUCUCCAUGGACCAUGAACCACCAUUUCAAGAAACAUACAAGAACCUUUUACAUCUCCCUUGUGAUCAUGAGCCAAAAGACGAAAACGUUUUCAUGGUAGAGGAAUGCGAUCUACCCAUGAUUGAUCUCAGUAGAUUAGAUCUCGAGCGAGGUAAGUGCAUGAAAGAGAUUGCUCGAGCAGCGAGGGAGUGGGGAUUCUUUCAAGUUGUGAAUCACGGGGUUUCUAAAGAGGUUCUUAGCAGCUUGAAAUAUGAGCAGAUGAAGGUGUUUCGUCUGCCUUUUAAAAAGAAGAUGGAAGAUGGCUUUUUGAAUUUAUCAGCCAAAAGUUAUCGAUGGGGGAAUUCAAAGGCUACUUCUCUAAAGCAGGUCCCAUGGUCGGAAGCCUUUCAUUUUUCGAUCUCAGAUAUUUCCAGAAUGAAUGGAUAUAAAAGUCUCAGAUCUGCCAUUGAGGCAUUCACGAUGGUAGUUUCCGGUCUGGCUCAAAGCUUAGCUGAAAUUCUAGUCCAGAUUUUGGGCAUCGAAUCUACUUAUUUCCGACAGAAUUGCCCUCCAAACAUGAGUUAUCUUCGAAUGAACAGAUAUCCUCCAUGUCCAUUUGCACCCGAGGUCUUUGGCCUGAUGCCUCAUACCGACAGCAGUUUCCUUACAAUUUUGCAUCAAGACCAGGUUGGAGGAUUGCAAUUCAUGAAGGAUGGAAAAUGGUUUAGGGUUAAACCGAAUCCAGAAGCUUUAAUUGUCAACAUCGGUGAUUUAUUUCAGGCAUUGAGCAAUGAUGUUUUCAAGAGCAUCAAACACAAAGUGGUUUCCUCUGGAGAUGUCGAAAGGUUUUCUGUGGCAUAUUUCUACUGCCCCUCUGCUGAAGCGGUGAUACAGAGCUGCACCAAGCCGGCACUGUACAAGCAGUUCAGUUUCAAGGAGUAUCAGCAGCAAACCCAAAAGGACGUUCAGGAUACCGGUGACAAAGUAGGUCUCUCAAGGUUUCUAUUAUAGUGAGUGAUAUUUCCCCGUAAUCAAGCAUAUAUAUAUAUAUAUAUAUAUUUCAUGUCUUGGAGACUUUUACAGUGGAUAAAAUAAUUACAAUCUGAUCAAUUAAGUUAAAAAGUACUUUUUGGACCACAAAUAUGUCAAUCUAGCCCUAGCCUAGCCUGUCCCUAUUCCUUAAAAAUAGCAUAUUGUGCAAGUUUGAUCAGUUUAUGAAGGAGAUAAUGUAUCAAUAUAGGUAUACACGAAUGGAUGAAUUAUACCUAUUUUGAAGGAAUACUUUUACUCGUA